AUGGCUUCAGAGAUCCUCAUGGCAGAACCAAUGUGUCUCAUUGAGAACACUCAAGGGCAACUGAAGGUUAAUCCGGAAACUUUGGAGAUCCUGUCUGACAUUAUCCAGCCUUUCGUAGUUGUGGCUAUUGCAGGCCAGUGCCGCACAGGCAAAUCCCACUUGAUGAACAAGCUGGCAGGGAAGAAGAAAGGCUUCUUUUUGGGCUCCACGGUGCAGUCUCACACCAAAGAAAUCUGGAUGUGGUAUGUCCCUCAUCCCAAGAAAUCAAAACACAUUCUAGUUCUUCUUGACACUGAAGGCUUGGGAGAUGUAGAGAAGGGUGACAACGAGAAUGACUCCUGGAUCUUUGCCCUGGCCAUCCUCCUGAGCAGCACCUUUGUAUACAAUAGCAUGGGAACCAUCAACCAGCAGGCCAUGGACCAUCUGCACUACGUGACAGAACUGACAGAUGGAAUCCGAGCAAAAUCCUCACCUGAGGAGAAUGAGGUUGAGGAUUCAGCUGACUUCAUAGGCUUCUUCCCAGACUUUGUGUGGACUCUGAGAGAUGUGACUCUCAAGUUGGAAGCAGAUGAACAAGUCCUCUCAGCAGACGACUACCUGCAGAAUUCCCUAAAGCUAAAGUCAGGUACCAGUAAAAAAGUUGAUAAUUAUAACCUUCCUCGACUCUGCAUCCGGAAGUCCUUUCCAAAUAAGAAAUGCUUUGUCUUCUGCCCACCUACUGACUGGAAGAAGCUUACCCAGCUGGAGACACUACAUGAUGAUGAGGUGGACUCUGAUUUUGUGAAACAAGUGGAAGAAUUCUGUUCUCAUAUCUUCAGCCAUUCUAAAGUUAAAACUCUUCCAGGAGGCAUCAGGGUCAAUGGGCCACGUCUACAGAACCUGAUACUAACUUAUGUCACUGCCAUCAAAAGCGGGGAUCUGCCCUGCAUGGAGAAUGCAGUCCUGGCCUUGGCCCAGAUAGAGAACUCGGCCGCAGUGCAAAAGGCCAUUGCUCAGCUAGAAAAAAAGCGAGAUGACUUUUGUAAACAGAAUGAAAAAGCAUCAUCAGAUCGUUGCUCAGCUUUACUUCAGGAAAUGUUCAAGCCUCUAGAAGAAGAAGUAAAGGAGAAGAUAUAGUCUAUGCCAGGGGGCUAUCGACUCUUUAUUCAGAAAAUAGAAGACCUGAAGAAAAAGUAUAAUCAGGAAUAGAGGAAGGGAAUACAGGCUGAAGAGAUUCUGCAGAUAUACUUGAAGUCCAAGGAGUCUGUGAGAGAUGCGAUUCUGCAGACAGACUUGAGUGUCUCAGAAAAAGAAAAGGAGAUUGAAGAGGAACGUGUGAAAGCCGAAGCUGCACAGGCUGCAGCCAAAAUGGUGGAGGAAAUGCAGAAGAAGAAUGAGCAGAUGAUGGAACAGAAGGAGAAGAGUCAUCAGGAACAUGUGAAACAACUGACUGAGAAGAUGGAGAAGGAGAGGGAGCAGUUAUUGUCAGAGCAAAAGUUGAUGCUGGCUCUUAAACUUCAGGAACAAGCCCUACAAAUAAGGGAGGGAUACCAAAUGGAAAAUGCACGACUUUACAAUGAAAUACAGAAUCUAAGUAGGAAGAUAGAAGACUCAAAUAAGUCCUGUACCAUAAUCUAA